AUGAGUUCAAGAUCAAUGUUAUUUGUCAUACUCGUAUACAUAACACUAGCAAUAUCCACAGUGAUCCCCCAGGUUGAAACGUUCCACCUUAAUGAAGAUGAAUUAAAACAUUUAGUAGAUGAUCCAAAAGUCACCCACAAGGUGACAUUCACCGUCAGUCAAAAACAGCCUGAUUCUCCCAACAUGUCACUACUUGGUAAAUUAACCCUUGCAUUAUUUGGUGAAGUGUGUCCCAUUACUGUGGACAAUUUCUAUCAAUUGUCAGCAAUGACACGUGGAUAUGGGUACCGGGGAAGUCAAUUCCAUCGAAUCAUCAACAAUUUUAUGAUCCAGGGAGGUAAUUAUGAUGAUCAAGGUGGCAAGCUGAUUUAUGGCGGUAAGUUUAAUGAUGAGAAUUUCCAAUUAAAGCACGAUAAAUUGGGCCGGUUAUCAAUGGCUAAUGCCGGGCCAAAUACCAAUGGUGGACAGUUUUUUAUAUUGAAUGUCGACAAGACGCCCCAUUUGGAUGGUAAACAUGUGGUUUUUGGUCAAUUGGUAGGCGGGUUUGAUACAUUGACGAGAAUAAGUACCGUUGAAGUUAAUGGUGAUGCCAAACCAUUGGAUCUGAUUAUUAUCAGCGAAGUAGAAACUUCGCAAUUGGGGUCUGAACAACAAGGAGAUGAUGCGCUGAAGGAAUCAGCGAACCAAGCCGAUAAGGAGACUAAAGUUGAACAAGUUGUACAAACUAGUUCAGUUUACCCUUGGUUUAUUGUUUUACUUUUGGUAGGGAUCGUUGGAGGAAGCUAUUACAGGAAAGUUUACAAAGCUGAUAGGAUUACUGAUAUCAGAGGUAAUCGACGCUUUUGA